AUACGGGACCUUUUAGCAAUGGCGACGGCAAAGAGUCCAGACGAAGAUGACGCUAACUGGGGUGCUUCAGAAGAAGAGGAAGAAACUGAAUCAAUUGAAGAGGGAAGUUCUGAUAAUGAAAGUGAUGAAUGGGAUGAGCCACCGGCAAGUGCCAGCAAGAGAGGUAGAGGUGUUGCGAGACGCGGCUUCAGAGGCUCGGGCAGGGGUGGACGAGGACGAGGAAGUGUAGCAAGUAGGGGAAAGCGCCCAACAUCAAAUACUACUCCUACAAGUGCUCCUGUGCCUUCGUUAUCAUGCCCAAACUGUGGUGACAAGUUUGACAGCCCAUCUGAUCUAGAGGCUCAUCUUCGUGAAAAGCUCACCAAGCUAGGGGAACGUCAGAAAGAACUGAAAAAGGAGAGUGACGAGUUGCUGAGACAGCUGGGAGAGCUAGAAGGCUCUAACCAGUCAGAGCUGGCGAAACGACAGAUGAGAGUCAAGAAGCAGGACGAGGAUCUUCAGACCGAAAUCAGUCGGGUCGAGGAAGCUCUGAGAUCUAGACAAAUUGCUGCGAUGUUGAACGUGUCUGACGAAGAUUUGAAGCAGAAGUUAUUGAAAGCAUUGAAAAUUGCGGCCGAAGACGUUCAGUCGACUGAUAGUGUUCUAGGAGAGGGCACCUUUUCAGAAGUAAGAGUAGGUCUGUGGCGACGCAUUCCGGUUGCAGUGAAAUCUUUCACUGACAAUGCGGCGCCCAAAGGCCUCCAAGCAAUGCAAGACGCCUUCCUCGAAUGGGGCGACGCUCGCCAUCCCAACGUGGCCGCAAUCUACGGUUUCCUAUCAUCCGACGCCCAUUCUCCCAAAAUCGUCAUGGAAAUCCUAGAAGGCUCUCUUCUAGAAGUAAUGCGCAGUGUUCAAGACAUCGGCGCUUCUCUGGCUUUCAGAGAACAAGUCGAACUGGCCAGUGGCAUCCUCAGCGGCCUCCACUACUUGCACAAUUGCAAGAAGGUCGUGGUAAUCCACAGCAACGUCUGGCCCGCCAACAUCCUUAUCACACCCUUUUGGAACCCUAAAAUAACAGACAUCGGGCUGGCAAAGUAUCUAAAACCUAGUCCCGCCAGUUUGCCGUAUCGAGCCCCUGAAUUGUGCGGCGACGAUGCCGGGGAACCGACGAAAUCCUCGGAUCGAUUCAGUGCCGGUGCCGUUUUGUUCGAAGUGUUCUCGGGCAGUGAGAUACCUCGGGAUGGCAGACCGGUGGACUACGAGUUGGUGAGUUGUGAUGACACGCGCAGGGUGUGCAACGACCUGAUGAAGCGGAAUUCGAACGAGAGGAUAGCGGUUGAGAAAGCGUUGGCCAUUGCCAAGUCACUGCGUCAGAGUGAGGCGUACAAGGAGUGUCCUCCUCCGCGACGCGUUACUGGGAGAGUGAGGAGAGAGAACGAGGAGUUUUUCGCCACCAUAUGAGGUUGAACCUGAAUAGGAACAAAGAUUGUUGUUGCUGACUUUAGGAUCAUUUGUGAGAUUUGAAAAAUUAGGGUAUAUGUUGUCUGGUAUUUAAGAGUGGUGAGUCUGCUCGGCUCUAAUAGCUUGUUCUCGUUGUGUGGGACAGCUAGUACGUCUAGGGCUCUCUGGCUAGCUAGAGGGACACGCACUGCAGGGACAUUUGCUGUUUGUGAGCUUUCUGAUUCUGUACGAUUGAUUAGUUAGCGUUAUCUUGUGGAGCAACAGUUUGACUGUUAUGACGGAUGAAUUUAACUCAGGCUAUGU